AUGUCAGGCCUUGAAGUCGUAGGGGCAAUAAGUGCGGUCAUCGGGAUACUUGAUGUGUCUAUCAAGCUAUGGAAAGGGGCUCAGAAGGACGCCAAGUUCUCAGACACAUUCGAAACCGUUGCAAACCGUUUGCCCAUCCUACAAGACACGCUUCUGACCUGCAAGGAGCAUUUCGAGCCCGUCGAGAACAGCCUGCCAGCCGAUGUUCGAAAAGGUCUUGUCAGCACUGUCAAAAAUUGCAAGUUGAAUGCCGAGAAAGUCGAGGAGAUUUUCAAAAAGACAAUACCUGGGGAGAACACAGAGUGGUACAAGCGUUAUCACAUGGUCGCAAAGAGGCUCGGGAAAGGUAGUAAAGUUGAAGAGCUGAUGGCCGAGAUGACAAAGGAUGCACAGAAUCUGGUCAACUACCAUUCUGUCAAGUCUUCUAGACCUGAUUUGUUCACACGGCUUGAUGAGAUGCUCGUUGAGAUUCAGGCUCUCGAGCCGUCUAUCCCAAGUGAUGAUGUUCCUGGCAAUACUUUCAAUGCAUACGGUGGCGUACAGACCGUUAACACUGGAAGCGGAUCUCAGUAUAGCAACCCCGGCUCAGGUAAUCAGAUAAACUAUGGUGGCGGCGGCAACCCUGUCUUUAACCUGGGGCCUGCCCCUCCUGCAAAUUGGUUGACUGACCAGCUCUCCUUUCAAGGUCAAUUUGCAAGAGUAAAGCGGUUGAACGCGAUUCAGGCAAAGGACGCAAGUUUUGAAUGGCUUUGGGAGGUAGACACCUUCGUAGAGUGGCUGUCUACACCAGGUAAAGUCUUUUGGAUUACUGGAAAGCCUGCCAGUGGCAAGUCGACCCUGAUGAACUACGUUGCCAACCUAAAAACACGACCCGAUGGGCAGCUCUUUCCUGGUCUAGCCGACUGUUGUCGUGUACAUUUCUUCUUUAACUACGAAGCUAACACGAAGUCGGAUCUUUCUAACACUCUUGAGGGCCUACAUCGCUCUAUUCUCUAUCAACUAUGCAAAGAUGUACCUGGCUUGUCACCAGCGAUCGAGAGCACUUUUGACCUCCGAGGAGAAUUGAGAGACGAGUGGCUAGAGGACGGCAGGACAGUGACGCAGAUCUUGAUCUUUACGUUCGAACAGCUACGCCACUGGAAGAAACCUAUAUUCCUCCUUCUUGACGGCCUAGAUGAUUAUGGAGGCCAUCUCAGCGAUAUAUCUGAGAUCGUUCAGUAUUUUACCUCGAAGGAAGUCGUGGUUAAACUCUGUGUGGCAAGUCGACCGACCGAAUUCAAGACCCAAUUCUGCGACUGGCCACAGCUGGUGCUGGAUCAGUACAACCGUCCAGGUAUCGAGACACAUGCCUUACUGAAAUUCGAUCUCUUGUAUCCGGCAGCAAGUCCACAAGAGUUUGUGACAAUACAGGCGAUAGCUACAAGAAUCUCGAAGCUAUCUGACGGAAUUUUCCUAUGGGCCGCUUUCGCAACGACUGAGAUGUACGACUCCCUACGACGCAAAGAGAGUUUCGUGGAGCAAGAAAACAGGCUGACAAAAUUACCAGCGACACUGACAGGCUUUUACACUCGUAUCAUCGGAGGUCUGUGCGAUGAUAAACUCGUUUGUGGUCGUGUACUCGAACUUGUUGCUUCCGCAAAGCCGCUUCUUUUUGUUACAGAGUUAUUUGAGGCGUGUCAGCUUCUAGGGAUUCAAGUGUUACAGCACGACGGUCUGGUGACCAAUGAAGCUUUGCACACCUUCGUAGAACGGUUGUUGCUAAAGACAGGGGGGCUCAUCGACCUUGUUCUCCUGGAUUUCAAGAACGAUGAAGGGGAUGUUAUCAUUGUUCAAUUAGCGCACAGGACUCUUAGCGACUUUCUCGAUCAUCAAUCUGGCUGGCAGAAGCUCUUUGGAGAACAGUAUCAUGAUUCAUCAUCAGUAGAACUCUGGCUGAACCUUUGUCAGGCAUAUCUUACCAAGCCGCUAAUCUGGACUCGGUCGACGAGUUUCGGUGCUCUUUUCAACGACGGUACUGGUAGACCUGAGGUGGUAUACGAUGAGACAUGGCGAAAGCGGGUUGAUGCAAUUCAUUGCCACACGAUUAUCAGCCCAAGUGCAUCGUUGGUACAGAAGAGUCUUGAGCAGCGUGUUGCCUCCAGAUUGCCUGUAUACAUGCAUGAUUACGAGUGCAAGACCAAGCGAUCAGUGAGACGGGAGGUUCUGUCUUUGCUUGACCAGAGGUACCUGCAGAUGCACACUACACGAUGGGAGUUGCAACAAUGCAAAGCAUGUCGUCUUCUACAGCCCACUUCGGCCCUGGAAUUUUCCAUCGUGCACGGAUGUGUGCUCACUGUCGAGUCCAUGCUCCCGACAGUUUCAAGACAGCAGAAGUCGUGGUUAGAAUUGCUCACGUCCCGACACAAUCGCAUAGAGGACACGAGAAGCGCAGACAAGACGCUGCAAUUUGCGAUAAGAUGUGCCAUAGAGAAUACGACAAUCCCGUCCACUGCAGCCACAACACGGAUACUUCAACUUGUAUGUUCUCGAAUUCGGACCUUCAACAACAAUGGCCUGUUGCUAGAAAUGGUUCAGUCGGCUAAGCCGGCCGAUGUGAAAACUGUUAUUGAAACGUGCAAGAAGCAGCAACCAUGGUACCUAGAAGUGAGGACUAAGCCUCUCAACCCAAAGGCUGGACCUUCGAUUGUUCGUACAGGUCCUUUGUGGGCAGUGGCGCGUCGGUACCCGGACGAAGACACUAGAGAGCUCUUGCGCUUCUUCGUCGCUCGCGGUGAAAGACUGACAGAUGCAUGCUGUCAACAAGGCAACUCCGUCCAUGCUGCUAUACUAUGCGAGUUAGAGAGCGGCUGCAAGCUCUCUCACCUGAAACGGACACCGUUCGACCGACUUGAUCUGCUCCUCUUGCACGAUGGAGCCAUCGAGCCUUGUGGUCCUAAUACCCAGCUGCAGAGCUUCCUGUGGCUCGAAGACAAGGGACGGACCAAAUGUCCUUACAUGGACACUAUAUCUGUUCCUACGACCACAGACCGACCGGCAUACUUCUACUCGCGGAGCCAAAACUCACAGUUCCAUUUCGGCGUUCAUCGAGACGACAUGCCUCUCGGUCAAGACAUCAGGGAGUGGCGUAUACAGCAGAACUUUCUCUCAUCGCGUCCACGUGUCGAUUGCAAACAUGCUUUGCUUUUAGAAUAUCUUAGAGAUCCCAUCGCAUACAACCAAGCUCAGCUGGAGGAGAAUGCGCUUCCUGUGUCUAGGUGGGCGGCAGAAGUGCGGCAGAAGUUCUCGAUGAAGAAGUAG